UAAAGAAAAAGACAAAGAGAAGAAGUUAGACGAUGACAGCACCAGUACCACAGUCCCUCAGUCAGCUUUCUUGGGCCCAACAUUAUGGGACAAGACACUGCCGUACGAUGGAGACACUUUCCAGUUGGAAUACAUGGACCUGGAAGAAUUCCUCUCAGAAAAUGGCAUUCCACCCAGCCCAAACCAGCAUGAGCAUAGCCCACACCAGCCAGGUCUCCAGCAAGCUACCUCAGCAUCACCUUCUGUCAUGGACCUCAGCAGCAGGGCUUCUACUUCAGUCCAUCCAGGCAUGGUGUCGCAGAACUGCAUGCAGAGCCCGGUCAGACCAGGACAGAUCUUGCCAGCAAACCGAAACACACCAAGUCCCAUUGAUCCUGAGACUAUCCAAGUUCCCGUUGGCUAUGAACCUGACCCUGCAGAUCUUGCUCUUUCCAGUAUUCCUGGCCAAGAGAUGUUUGACCCUCGUAAGCGCAAAUUUUCUGAAGAAGAGCUGAAACCACAGCCCAUGAUUAAGAAAGCUCGCAAAGUCUUCAUUCCAGAUGACCUGAAGGAUGACAAAUACUGGGCAAGGCGUAGAAAGAACAACAUGGCUGCCAAGCGCUCGAGGGACGCGCGCCGGCUGAAGGAGAACCAGAUCGCCAUCCGCGCCUCGUUCCUGGAGAAGGAGAACUCGGCUCUGCGCCAAGAGGUGGCCGACUUACGGAAAGAGCUGGGCAAAUGCAAGAACGUCCUGGCGAAGUACGAAGCUCGACAUGGCCCUCUGUAA